AUGGAUCUGGAGAGCCAGACCCAGCAAACCCAGAACUCUCGGCGCAUGGCUCGGCGUCAAAGCAUCACCUCCGACCCACCCGGUCCACAGCCUCAGCCCCCUCUGCUUCUGUGCAAAGAGCGUGAUCUCUACCCCGUCUACGAGCCUCUGAACCCGCAACACAACUCGUCCCUCGUGAGCAAGGAACAGCGUCGUCGCCGGGAUGCACAGAGUUCUUCUGAUGCCCAGAUGAAGGACUACUGGGCCACAGUCACGACCGAAGAGAUGCCUCUGAAGAAACGACGCUCUCGCUGGUCGGUCCUGAAGCCUGGAUGGUUGCGUCGUCGAUCCUCCGGUGAGAGCAGGAGCAGCGUCGAUUCUCCGGCCGUCCUGCCACCACCAACUCCAGGAGACUUUGGCCGUGAGAGACGCGCAAGCAGGAUGCCAAAAGAACAAACCAUGUCAUCCACCGAGGAAAUCCAGGCACUGGAGGAAGGAAGCCAGCCAGUACAUGGAGAAAGCCAGCUGCAGCUGCCGAGGGAAUACCGUGAAGUCACAACCGAAGAGGAUCUCGUCUUUGGGGCUCAUCUGUGUCGAGCUGGCGAGCCUUGGUCCUCGCUUGAGCGAGAUAGUAGCAGAGUCAGCAGUGUUGGUUCCGCCGUGAACGCCAUCGCUGGCUCUGCACCUGCGAUUAACGUGGAGAUGUUUGACGACACCGGCACUGUGAUCCCGCAAUACUGUCAGGAUCCAAUCCACCUUCAAUCAGUGAGUGCACUCUUCGAUGAACCAAACCUAUAUGACACCAGCCCAAACAGUGCUCCAGACCCUUGCUUGUUGCAUGCUCUUUCCAUGGCAUGGGACCAGGGACCGGACUAUGUUGUACCGGAGGUCGAUGUCCACCGAGAGAGAUUCGGGAUUGCUCACCUUACUUCAUCCACAGACCAGGAAGUAGCUAUGUUGUCCAUGGAUCUCUCCGGCAGUCGAAGCAUAAGACCACAGGUGCUGGAUGACGUUCAGUCAAUUGUACUGCCGGCGCGAGAUAUCUCAGAUGUGCAAGAUACCCAGUUCCAAGACAAGCCGUUCAGCAAUGGUGUUGAAAACCCGCCGGACCCAGAGGAAGGAGUCUGUGAGCCAAAUGACAGACCAAUAAUUGACCGUGAACGACAAACUACCAUUUCGAGCCAGCCAGAGUUAAACACGCACCCACAACCUGCCGUCUCGACAAUGCUAGUAUCCCGAAACUGUUCUGCCGAAGUCAAGAUUGCAUUUCCAGGAGUCUAUCAUGAGAUGCUGGAGCAGUGGAAGACCCAGAAUCAGGAUAGCCUCACAACUGAGCACAACACCGCAGUCAUUUCUCCAAUGACAGACCAUUCCGACCUAGACCAAACCUUCGAGUCACUCCGAACAAUCAAUGAAUCCCCUCCUGUUAAUGAGAACUCGCAUAAUCCUGACACCUACUCCUCGGAAGUCCUUGCAGCCGUGCGCCCUUCUGAGAGCGAAUAUGUGCCAUACAGAGGGCCUGUCACAGAUGAAUCACAGCACAGAAAUUCCGAGGCACGCCAUUCCUUCGGCCUCCACAUGAGUCUGAGCGAGUCAACAGACGUCAGAACCGAGCCCUCUGAGCUAGGCGAGAGAGUCCCUCCUCCAUGGCGUUCAUUUGCACAAAGCAUCCCGGCCGGAAACCGCACCUCACACUCCUCCGAGCAAGAAACCCUCGCAUCCCUAUUCAGCGAAUCCGAAUAUUCAAGCCACUUCCGCUCAGACGGCACCACAUCCGCUGGAGUCACAUCGCCAACCUCUGAAUCCAAUGGCCCAUGGUCACCCGUCAACGACGGCGAAUGUUCCUUCGACAAUCCCUUCAAGGACGAAUAUUACCUGGUGGACGGCAAAACGAGCAGCCACUUCCCGGAUCGAGGUGAUGACCUGCCCGCCAUUAAAGCAGCCUCGAGCAGUGAAGGCACCGUCCGCCACGUUCCUUGUCCUCAUCAGCAGAGAUCGAGUAAUAGACCGCGCACAUUGCCAGGGAUCCCGCCACCACGGACCCUGCAGUUCGGGCAGAUGGGUGAGAGUGACAGUGAUGAAUAUCUUCCGGGGCUUGGUGUGCAGUCGGAACAGUUUCGUUGA